AUGUCGACCCGGUCUUCCGCGCCGAAAAAGUGUGAUGGACAAGUUCCCGCGUGCACGAAUUGCGCAAAGGCUGGCCAAGUUUGCCUCGAUGUGGACAGUCAGAAUUCGGGUAUUGUGAUCCCUCGAAAUUUUGCUGCUGCAGCUCGUGAGAGGAUCCACUGGCUGGAAACCAUCAUCAGAGAUCGUUUGCCUGACGUAGAUCUGCGGGCUGGGCCUCAGGUUGAUGCAUCCCUGGAUCUUGAGGCCCCGGAAACCCCUGCGCUGGGAGUAGCUACCUCCGCGCCUCGACCAUCUCGGAAGAGGUCGGCCGACGCCAUUCAAGCCGAGCAAGAUGGGUCAUUCCCAGAGAGGGCACACUCCGUUGCAAUGAACUUGGGGAUGCUUUCUUUGAACUCGGACUCGCCCCAAAAGCACUACCUGGGCUCAAGCUCAGGGCUUCUUUUCACCAACCUCAUCGGGGCAUCGCCUUCUAGUACAGCAUCUACCCCUCAAGAGUCUGCCGUUCAUGCCCAAGCUGGCGAUACAGACUGGUACGAAGGGCCAAGAGAACAAGCCAAGCAGUAUUACAUUGACUUGUAUGCAUUUCUGAAGCAGGAGCUGCCCCCUCGACACGAUGCAUUGCUGCUUGUCCACACAUAUACCCGGUGGAUACACCCCGACUUUCCAGUUCUCGAGCCUUCGGGCAUCUUCAGUGCCCUGGACGCCAUCUACGACUCUCUUCAAGACCCGCUACUGGAUGAUGACUUCCGCAAUGGCUGGCCGAGUAACAUGCGGCCUUUUAAUUGGAAUGGACGCCAGGUACUCCCUGGGGUAGCAGAACCAGGAGGGGUUACCAUGCCAGUCGUUGCUUUCACGCUAUUCAUGAUUUUGAACAUUGGUGCAAUUGUCAAGGUCAGGUCUCGCAUCUACGAGUAUCCCCCGCACAGAUACUACCGAGCGGCCAUACACUUCUCUAAAGAUGCCUUCUCGCAGAUUUCACUGCCCUCUCUUCAAGGCCUAGUGAUGCUAGUUGUCCACAGUAUGCUGACGCCAGCUGAAGUCAACCUCUGGACAUUGGUGCACCUGGCGCUGGCUUAUUGUGUCGAGAUUGGAGUCCAUCGAGAGCAAGCAGAAUUAUCUGCCAGUGACUUCACGUAUCAGCAAGUUAGGAGAUUCACAUUCUUCACUAUUUAUUCCCUAGACUGGUCCAUCUCAUCUAUUCAAGGGCGUCCGCUGGGCUUCCGAGAUGAAACUUUUGAUAUACAGAUGCCUCAACCUCCACCACGCUUGACCGAAGCCAGAGACGGCGCCAUUCCGCCGUCGUUUGCAGCAGCUGUGACACAUUACUCCAUUUACAAAUUCAAGCUUGAUCGCAUCGUUUCGGACAUUAAGCUUCAUCUCUACCACCUCCCUGGCGAGUCGAGUUGGUUCCCGUGGCCCAAGAACUCCGUGGAGCACCAAGAGCGGAUCAAAGACGCCAUACAAAACUGGUGGGACGAGGUUCGAGACGAUCCGUUUGACUUCACCUGCCUUGACAGCCGCCAACGACAAGUUUGGAGACUGAAGCUCAGAGUCAAAUACCACUCGACCAUGAUCCUUCUUUUCCAACCAUCGCAGGUGAUACCAUCGCCAUCUGCAAAUGCCCUCGAAAUAUGCUUGGACAGCGCAUCUGGGAUUCUGAACGACUAUCAACGACUACACGAUUUGCAAAGCUUAGAUCACGGGUGGAGGGCUGUUCUCAAUAUCUUUGCCGCUGGCGCUACUUUGAUAUACUCUUUCUGGACAUCGGAACAGGUUCGCAAAAAUGCAUCGGCAGCAAAUAUGGCAAAAGACCUCAGGACGUGUUCUAGCCUUCUCACUGUGGGGGGAGAAUGGUGGCCAUCAGCUAAGACUGGACAGCGAAGUUUUGGCCUCGUUGCAGACCUCACGAUGCGGAAACUCUACAUGGACAAUGGGGCUUCAAAAGCACCACGCCUGGCUGCGGAUUCAUCGUCGCCUGGUUGGCAAUCUAACCAUCGCGUUGAGCAUGGGGAGCAGUCAAUCCAGGUUCUAAGUGGCGAGGAUGCCUUGGAAAGGCUUGAUGACCUACCUCUGGACGAGACAUGGCAACAUAUGGAUCACGUGGUUACUCAGGAUGCUGGUCAGGUCACAUGGCACGGAGCUGGAGAAGGGAGAGGUAGUCAGGAUGUGGAUGUGAUUCCGGAGAUCGAGACUUUCCUCGCAGACUUCGACCGGUCUGAUUUCACCUGGAGCUUUCCUCUAACCAGUGCACUGCGAUCCUUCCGGCAGCUCGCCACAGCAUGCCCCCGACGACAUGUCCGGACGCUUGCGACAGCCUCUUCGCACGUUGCGCUGAGUCCGCUGGAACCAUACAACCCCCUGGAUUACGGCUCUCGACUGCAAUCCCUCGACCGCGUACGGAAGUUGAACCAGCGACCCUUGACCCUCUCCGAAAAGCUCCUUUACAGUCACUUGAUUCACGAUGCCGACGGCUGGGCUCUCGACGAAAUCGAACGAGGCAAAACUAUCCUGCGCAUACGGCCAGAUCGCGUCGCUUGUCAUGAUGCCACCGCCACGAUGGCACUGCUGCAAUUCAUCAGCGCUGGCUUACCCCGCGUUCAAGUACCAACCUCCGUACACAGCGAUCAUCUCAUCGUGGCCGAGUAUGGUGCAAAGGAGGAUCUUACUAGAGCCUCCAGCGACCAUCGCGAAGUGUAUGCGUUCCUUGGUAGCGCGGCAAAGAAAUACGGCAUCGGAUACUGGAAAGCUGGCGCAGGGAUUAUCCACACAACCAUUUUCGAGAACUACGCUUUCCCGGGUGGUUUGAUGAUUGGAACAGACUCCCAUACUCCCAAUGCUGGUGGGAUGGGCAUGAUGGGCAUUGGCGUCGGUGGCUCUGAUGCCGUCGACGCCAUGGCCGGUAUGCCGUGGGAGCUGGUCUGUCCCAAAGUUGUGGGUGUUCGCCUGACCGGUCGGCUCUCUGGCUGGAGCUCAUCAAAAGACAUAAUUUGCAAGCUGACUGGCAUCUUGUCUGUAUCGGGGGGCAAGGGAAAAGUCAUUGAGUUCUUCGGUCCUGGCAUAGAGUCACUAGGUGCCACCGCAAUGGCCACGGUCUGUAACAUGUCCGCUGAAAUCGGAUCGACGUCGUGCAUUUUCCCCUACUCAGAGGCUAUGGGUCGAUACCUCUCAGCCACGAAACGGGCAGAUAUCGCACAGCAUGCCAACAAAUUCAAGGAUGCGUUGCUUGUUUCAGACCCAGGUAGUGAGUCAUUCUACGACGAUAUAAUCGAGAUCGACCUAUCCACGUUGGAGCCGCAUAUCAAUGGUCCCUUCACACCUGACUUGAGCCACCCUUUGUCGCAGUUUAAGCAGCAUGUCGAAAAGAGCUCCUGGCCUUCCAAGAUCAGUUACAGCAUGGUUGGCAGCUGCACCAACAGCUCGUAUGAAGACCUCUUAAAGGUUUCCCAGCUUGUCACACAGGCCAAAGAGUCAGGCAUGCACCGUGCCAAAACACCAUUCAUGGUCAGCCCCGGUAGCGAGCAGAUCCGCGCAACGGCAGAGAAGGCGGGCAUUUUAUCUACGCUCAGGGAGGCUGGAGCUGUUGUGCUAAGCAACUCAUGCGGCCCAUGCGUGGGACAGUGGGAUCGAAAAGAUGUCGACAUCAAGGGGGCAGAGAGCAACAGCGUGAUUUCUAGCUUCAACAGAAACUUCACGGGACGUCAUGAUGGAAAUCCCUCCACGCACUCGUUCGUCACAUCUCCUGAAAUCGCCACGGCUUUUGCCUUUGCGGGUGAUCUUACGUUCAAUCCAACUACGGAUCCAAUUACUUUUGUCAAUGACUCCGGUUCUCUAGCCGAGUUCCGCUUUGCGCCCCCGACCGCCGAUGAGCUGCCUGAUUCCUUCUUCCCAGGGAAUGAUUUGUAUCAAGCACCUGUUCUCACCGACACAUCGGAAUACAAGCUCGAUAUUGACAAGAACAGUGAUCGACUACAGCUUCUCGCGCCCUUCAAGCCAUGGGAGGGGGGAAAUGCCCACGAUAUCGAAAUUCUAGUGAAAGUUCAGGGCAAAUGCACCACUGAUCAUAUCUCACCCGCAGGCCCGUGGUACAACUACCGAGGCCAUCUUGAGAAUAUUAGUCACAACAUGCUCCUUGGAGCCACUAACGGCUUCCUCCCCAAUGCCAACUCCCUCCAGAUGGUUGGCCGAGCAGAAAACCCGCUUACACAUGAUAUUGAACCGAUACACGAAGUUGCUAGGAGCUUGCAAAGCGCUGGCAUCCGGUGGUGUAUCAUUGGUGACCACAAUUACGGUGAAGGCAGCUCCCGUGAGCAUGCGGCCCUGGAGCCUCGGUACCUGGGGGGAGUGGCCGUCAUUGCGAGAGGCUUCGCUCGUAUUCACGAGACAAACCUGAAGAAACAAGGCAUGCUUCCGUUGACAUUCGCCGAUCCUGCGGACUACGAUCGUAUCGAGAAAGGGGAUCGUAUCACGCUGCGGGAUGUAGACGGAGAUGGUCUUCAGCCCGGAAAGCAGGUCACCAUGGAAGUACAGACAAAGUACGGGAGUGCGCUGAACCAUAUCAAGCAGACCUUGCUUGGAUGA